CUCAUUGCCCGUGACCACGCACGCGACAGGUCCGAGCUGAGGCAUCGGGCAGCGGCGCACUGACGUCAUCGCGUCGACUGGCGUUUAGGAAUAUUGGGGGAUAAGGGAGGGGGGUCGAGAGGAACGACGGUGAGGGCGAGCGAUGUGGCUGCGAAAAAGGCUGCUUGUGUGCGACUCAUAAAUGAAGCGUUUCCCUCUUCGUCUAUGACUCCGAAGCGGUUUCGCGUUCUAUAUGAGGAGUCGUAGCAAGGGCGCUUUCGACUCGGGAAGGUAGCGAAGGCAGUAAAAGGCGGUGGGGGGGCUGCUGUUCGGUUAAGAGAAGGAAAACAACAUGGCCGCCGUGGAGCUCGAGUGGAUCCCGGAGACUCUGUACAACACCGCUAUAUCGGCCGUGGUGGACAAUUACGGCCGAUCGCGAAGAGACAUCCGCUCCCUCCCGGAAAACAUACAGUUCGAUGUGUACUAUAAGCUAUACCAGCAGGGCAGGCUUUGCCAACUCGGGGGGGAGUUCUGUGAACUGGAGGUGUUCGCGAAGGUCCUCCGGGCAUCGGAUAAAAGGCAUCUCCUGCACCACUGUUUCCAGGCCCUCAUGGACCACGGUGUGAAGGUGGCCUCGGUCUUGGCUAAUUCUUUUAGCCGCCGCUGCUCCUAUAUCUCGGAGUCCGAUGCACAUGUGAAGGAGAAGGCUAUUCAGUUUGGCUUCGUUUUAGGUGGCUUCCUGUCAGACGCAGGCUGGUAUGGUGAUGCCGAGCGAGUGUUCCUGUCCUGCCUGCAGCUCUGCACUCUGCACGAUGAAGUCUUGCACUGGUACCGGGCCGUGGAAUGCUGUGUGAGGUUGCUACAUGUCCGCAACGGCAACUGCAAGUACCACCUGGGGGAGGAGACCUUCAAGCUGGCCCAGUCUUAUAUGGACAAGCUGGCCAAGCAUGGGCACCAGGCCAACAAGGCAGCACUUUAUGGGGAACUGUGCGCCCUCCUCUUUGCAAAGAGCCACUACGACGAGGCAUAUCGGUGGUGUAUAGAUGCCAUGCGGGAGAUCACGGCGGGCCUUCCUGUCAAAGUGGUGGUGGACGUCCUGAGACAAGCAUCUAAGGCCUGCGUGGUGAAGCGAGAAUUCAGGAAAGCAGAACAGCUGAUAAAACAUGCGGUCUUUCUGGCUCGGUAUGACGAAAUUCCUUUUGGUUUUUGUUUUCACUACUGCAACCACCCACCUGGAAACACUUACAAUUAUUCAUUGCUGACCACAUUCUCCCUCUUGCGUUACAGGGAGCACUUUGGGAACAAACACCCAAAGUAUUCGGACACUCUGCUAGAUUAUGGCUUUUACUUGUUAAACGUAGAUAACAUCUGUCAGUCUGUGGCAAUCUAUCAGACAGCUCUAGAUAUCCGGCAGUCUGUGUUCGGAGGGAAGAACAUCCACGUAGCAACUGCACACGAAGACCUAGCGUACUCCUCUUAUGUGCACCAGUACAGCUCUGGUAAAUUCGACAAUGCACUAUUCCACGCAGAGCGUGCCAUAGACAUCAUCACUCACAUCCUGCCCGAAGACCAUCUGCUGCUCGCAUCGUCCAAAAGGGUGAAAGCCCUGAUCCUCGAAGAGAUCGCCAUCGACUGCCACAACAAGGAGACGGAGGAACGUCUGCUCCAGGAGGCCCAUGACCUGCACCUCUCCUCCCUGCAGCUGGCCAAAAAGGCUUUCGGGGAGUUCAAUGUCCAGACGGCCAAGCACUACGGCAACCUGGGCCGCCUCUACCAGUCCAUGCGCAAGUUUAAGGAAGCGGAGGAGAUGCACAUCAAGGCCAUCCAGAUCAAGGAGCAGCUGCUGGGCCAGGAGGACUACGAGGUAGCACUGUCCGUGGGCCACCUGGCGUCCCUCUACAACUACGACAUGAACCAGUACGAGGACGCCGAGAAGCUGUACCUUCGCUCCAUCGCCAUUGGCAAGAAGCUGUUCGGCGAGGGAUACAGCGGCCUGGAAUAUGACUACAGGGGCCUGAUUAAGCUCUACAACUCGGUGGGCAACUAUGAAAAGGUUUUUGAGUACCACAACGUCUUGUCCAACUGGAACCGGCUGCGGGACCGGCAGUUUGCAGUGGCUGACGCCCUGGAGGACGUGAACACCAGCCCACAGGCCACACAGGAGGUGGUGCAGGCUUUCCUGCUGUCCCAGAGUCACCAGAGUCACCAGAGUCACGGGGCCGGCCGGCCCUGCCUUGGAUAACCUCUGCGCGUCUGCAUGCGGAUUCACAUGGUAUACGCAAGCACGCGGUCACACACGCACACAGACACAAGCGCGCGCACACACACACACAUACACGCACUCAACACCUGGUACACAGAUCUGUGUACGUGGAUAUAAAGAUGGACCCGAACCAGGGAUUAGACUGCCCACAGCGCCACCUAGGGUUGGAACUGCCGAAGGACAGCAGGUUUGGAAGGGGUGCCCUGGGCUGUGUAGUAAAGACCUGGACCUGGCACCUCACCCUCACCAGCAGCUGCUUCUGCCCAGACCCCAGCCCCCAGCCCCCCACCCCAGCCACCUAGGCACACAAACUGGGGACCGAAGAGACACACCAAGGAGCCGAGCAUCUCGCCAUUGUCCGGACCGUUGCUGUCCCCCUCUGCCCGGACACGCCGCUGCGUGCAGCUUUACGGGAGCCCAGCUCCAGAACCGCGUCCGAGCUCCACAAAGUCCUUCAGUUCUCAGAAAUGUAUGAUAACCUCUGUGGGAUUUAAUUUUUUUUUCUCCACAACAGUAGUUUUCAUUUGCCACAGGAAUUCACUGUGCCCCCCACCCUACGCCAUCUCUCGCUUACAAUGGAAUGAGUUAUUUACAGUGGAUUGGUUGUAGCCCCUCUCCCAGGCCUGGUUGAGCUCUCUGGCCACAGGAAGUAGGCGGCUGGGUGGAGCUUGUGAGUGUCCUACACUCGCUGAUCCCUCUGUUCCAGCGGACAAAACGUGCACACGCUCACAAAGCCAUGUGAGUUUCGCAUUGUAGUACACAAAAUGCAUGCUUUUGAAGAACUGUAAUACAUUUUCUUAAACCACCCUAGAUUCUGCAGUAAACUACUUCUUUAAAGGACUUCCCUUGUCCUUAAAGUAAUAAAAAAUUAUUCAAUCAGACCAAUAGAAAGCGGCAAGUAAAUCGGACCAAUUUCUUACCUCUUCAAUGGUCAGGAGUUCAUCAUUUGAACUGAACAUGGAGAAAAACCUUACAGCAGACGUCUUUCCGAUAGAGAACGGUCACACCCCAAAUAUCUUCAGAUACAAGUGUGAUGUGGUGCACUGCUAACAGUAUUAGGAAUGUUCUAUGAGGGUAUGUCCUUGGAAUGGUGUGGUUCACCCCCAUUCUCCAUUUGGCUUCGUUGGCUUAAAGUUUGAUUGGGUCAAGAGCUCUGUCCAUUGCAUUAGUGUGUGUCCAUAUGUCCUUCCUGGGGGCGGAGCCAGCUUGUGUCGUCCUGUGUUUGUUUUUUUUUUUUUUUUUUUUUUGUAGUGCCUGCUUACCCAUCUGGCCUGGUUUGAAAGUAUGUAUUUGAGCAGGUCACCCUCACUGUAAUACGUGGAGGGCCCGGCCAGUGUCGCUGACUGGGGUUCUGGGGUUACCUAGAUCCGCUUACAGAUACACACUUGAUUUCUCUGGUAUAGAGUUCCUGCGAGGGCGGGCUCAUGAAUGGCGAGGCGCUGAACUUGUUUCCAAAUUUGGAACAUUCUAUAUGAUUAUUUGGCAUAAUAAAUUCCCUCUUUUGCUACAGAUUACUCCCUCCUCCCUUCUACUGGAACAGCCUAUUGUCUUUUCAUAGCCUAAGCAGGUCAGGCGUGUCCAGGCUUCAGCGCACUGAGGUUAGCUGUUAAUCCUGAUGCUUGUUACGGACUUGAGAUUUUGUCACCGGUCGUCUUUUUGCGAGUGUAAUUAUAGGCCCGUUUUUUUUGGCUGCCAUCCAGGCCCGAGGCCUUAGAGACACACGGACUUGGUGCUCUGGUUCUGUCCGGUAUUCUCUGAUCAUCUGAACCGCACAACUGCAGGCAGGCAGGUUCCAAAAGAGAGCCCAGUCCCUCCCAGGUAGCCCAGGGCUACCGCGCACGGCAGGUGCCGUUGCUGGCUGCUCGACCUGCACGAGGUGACUGGCCGAGGACCAAUAACAUCCGUGUUAGGAACAUUGCAAGAGAAGGGUAGGACGUAUCCCUGUGGUCCUCGCUCUAGUUGUCAUGUUGUUUUUCUCCAUACGGAAUGAGGGGCUGGCAGGGUCAGUGGGUAAAACCCCUGCGAUUGAAGCACGAAGGUACAUUUCCGUUUAUUCGACUGUCAGAUGGAACUUGCGUCGGAAAUUUUAUACGUGAGCACCCACCGCUUUCAUUUCUUCCCCUCCCGCAAUCUUACGUUGUCAGGUUCCCGAUGAUUACUGCACGCCACACUGCAGUGGUCUUGCUGAUUUUUCUUUUGUCGUCAUGUUUGGUCGCCAUCUUGGCCACGUUCUUUCACCUCAUUCACUCGUUUAGCGGUAGCAAACUUCGAAGGUUCACAGAGGCAGUAUUUCUUGGAAAGAAGGUGCCGCAUAAAACCUCUGCAAUUACGUAUUGCGUUGCAGCAUUUUUACAUGAGCUAUUUAUUACAGUGCGAGUAACGUUACUUCGGUUGGGUCUCAGUGAAUGUUAAAUUAAGGGUGUGUCUUCUCCUGAAGUGGUAUUCUUUAAAUGUUGUACUUAGCUAAAAUGUGGAUGGAGUAUAUUUCUGUGUGUGUGCGUGUGUGUGUGUGCGUGCUUCUGUUACUGCUGCGUCAUUCAAAUUGGAUAGGUAAAAGCAAUAGGGUGACAUGGGGGGAGGGGGGGGGGCAAGAUAGCAGGACAUUGCAUAGUCAUGUGUAAGCAAUCACUCCUCUGUCAGGUGUGUGAAACACAUCGAAGUGUGGUGGAGGUCAGGCUGUAUGAAAUGGCCCUGCACGAGUCUAAUUCAUUGACACUCUCUCAGCCUGAUACAGGGGUUCAGUGAGAGUCUUGUCCUUUUGUUCCUAUUUUAUAGGCAGUUUGGUGUAUUUUAUUCGAAGUGCAGCUGACGUUGUGCAGUGUAGGUGUUGUGCCCAAACAGGUGGUCAGUUUCAAGGUCAAAGUUGUCGCCCCUAGAUGUAUGAUCUGUGUGAGCGUACGUGUGGUAUGUAUACGAGGAAAUCGUAUUGGUGAGUUUCGAAGAUUAAAUGCAAGAGUAGAACCCAGCAGUGAAGAGCUAACGGCCCUGGUUCUCUCCAUAACAUGGAAGAACAAGGGAAAAUGUAGAGGGAAUUCCUAAAUGUGCCUCUCGAAAUUGGGGGGGGGGGAAUUGAGAUCCGUGGCCUCUCGACCUACGUCAUGGAUGGUUGUUCGGUGUUCAGACCAUCUAACUCGGCGGGGGGCCAUGGAGGGAUGCUGUGGCUUGAGCGAAUGAGCCACUGAGUGUGUAGCUGGCCUGUUAUUACUGUGGGGUGGGGCUCAGGCAGGCUUAGGAUGCAAUUAAAGGCACCACACCUUUAGCUCCCGGGAGAGCAAACUGGGCGUGUGAAUGUGCAGGUCCCCAUCACAGAAACCUACUGGCUCUUUGGAAGGGCAGGUUCCAGUAAUGCAGCCUUUGUUGUUUACUGAUACUCUUUUUUUUUUUUUUUUUUUUGUUUGUUUGUUUUUUGAGUCUUCAGCCUCGCUCCUUUUUGUUUGCGGCUGCACUGUCAAGCUCACGGGGGGGUUUAAGUAUCCUGACAAGUCAUUUUAAAAGUUAUCCUGCUUAUAUAUUAUGUGAAUGGGAGAAAAAAAAAGUGCUUAAAUACUAAUUUGAUUUCAUGAUGCUACUACUAUUUUUCUAUUUUUCAUCGACCGUCUAGCAUUGAGAUUUUAGGCUUUUCGUGCUUCAGCUGAAAAGAUGAAGGAACCAGUACAGAUCAUUAGGAACCGUCAAACACACCCGAGUCCGCACCGAGAACCCGGUCUGUAGUGCCACAGCAAGCUUGUGUAUAGAUAGAACUUGCUACCUUUUAAACUGAAUAUUUGGUUCUUUUUUUGUGUACAAAUAAAGUACAAAUUGCAACAAAAUUGACUGUACAAUAGUCGGCAACAUUAUGUAACCAUCAAAUCACAUUAAACAUUUGUAUCCAA